UUCUGAGUUAUGUCUCCAUUUGUUGUUAUUAGAAUGAUCCUUCCACUAUUCUCUCUUUGCCUUAGUGUUUUUCUUCUUACCCAUCUUCACUUCAUUCUACUAUAAAAAAGAAAAGAGUCAGAUUCAUAUUGCAAUUGAUGGCCAUCAUGAAUCACCAUAAUCUAAUUAAUUAGUCAUAAGAACUGAAGAAUAUAUAUAUAUUGAUUGGGACCAAAGAAAAGGAAGAGAAGGGAGAAAAUGGGGUUCUUGGAUCUGUUGGUGGUGGCUUCAAUGCCAGUUAUUCAGGUUCUACUAAUCAGUGGAUUAGGAGCACUCAUGGCAACUCAGUAUUUUGAUAAUCUUCUUUCUCCAAACUUCAGGAAAUCAUUGAAUAAGGUUGUGUUCCUUGUGUUCACUCCUUCACUUGUGUUUUCAAGUUUUGCCAAGAGUGUUACACUUGAAGAUAUGAUAUCAUGGUGGUUUAUGCCUGUUAAUGUUGGACUUACAUUCUUAAUUGGAGGCAUCAUAGGAUGGAUACUUGUGAAAUUACUCAAGCCUAAUCUCAAAGUAGAAGGCCUUAUUAUUGCUGCAUGUUCAUCAGGAAAUAUGGGAAACCUUCCUCUUGUGAUUGUACCUGCUAUCUGUAACGAGAGUGGAGGUCCAUUUGGUGAAAAGGAAAUUUGUCACAACAAUGCACUCUCUUAUGCAUCUUUCUCUAUGGCGCUUGGUGGCAUAUUCAUAUGGACCUAUACUUAUAGGACCAUAAGAAGCAGAGCAAUGAAAUUCAAGGCACUUGAGGCUGCUGAUCUUAUCAUAAAGGUACCCAACAAUGGUCUUGAUUCCAAUGCAGAAACUGCUCUUCUCAAGGGACACAACAAUGAGAAUGUAGCCGUAGAAGUGCCGCCGCCGCUGUCCGAUUAUGUUGGAGACUUUGAAAAUCAAAAUGUUGUAGACCAUGAUCAUACUAGUGUGAAAGGAAAAGAAUCAUUUUGGCAUAAAAUGACAGAAUUUCUGAGUGAACUUGUGGCAGAACUAAUGUCACCCCCAGCAAUAGCUACAUUCGUUGGUUUCAUCUUUGGUGCUGUUACAUGGCUAAGGAACUUAAUAAUAGGAGACAAUGCUCCAUUUAGGGUGAUCCAAGAUUCUCUUCAAUUAUUGGGGAAUGGGACAAUUCCUUGCAUCACUCUUUUGCUUGGUAGUAACCUCACUCAAGGGUUUAAAUCAACAAGUGUGAAGCCAUUGACCUUGUUCUGCAUCAUCAUUGCUAGACUUUUCUUGCUUCCUGUUAUUGGUUUGUUCAUCGUCAAGGCGGCAGCGAAUUUCGGCUUCCUCCCGGUGGAUCCUUUGUUUCAGUACAUCCUAGUGAUGCAGUAUGCCAUGCCACCAGCAAUGAAUAUCAGUACCAUGGCUCAGUUGUUUGAUGUAGGAAACGAAGAGUGUUCAGUUAUCCUACUGUGGACAUAUGGUGCUGCAGCCAUAGCACUCACAGCUUGGUCAACAUUUCUCUUGUGGGUCUUGGCUUAAUUGGUCAAAUGAAAGAACAAGAAAUGUUAUCAAGAUUCUUUUCAGUGCAAUUUUGGCAUUCUUUGGAGGAGUAGCCAUUUCAAUUGUGUAGCUUAUGUAUAAUUCUUUUAAUUCUACUCAUGUCUUUUUAGGU